AAAGUUUCAAAGGCCUCGUAAAUAGAUGAUUUUUACAAAUAGAUGAAUUAUUUUCUUCUACUAAACUGCUGGCGAUGGAAGUAUAUACAGAAUAAUACAAAAAGAUGCGAUAUUGCCUCUUGUGCGGUAACCGAGAUAAAUCAGUCUCCUAUUUUACAUUUCCGAAAAAUGAGGAUUCUUGUAGGAAGUGGCUAGAUUUUUGUGGCAUUGAUAAACAAGUUUUAACAUCUUCUACUAAACUGUGUUCAGAUCAUUUCCAAAAAGAAGAUAUAAUUAACAAAUCUAAGGGUACAAUGGCAAAACCCAACGUUGUGCCAUCUAUUAUUAGCAAGAAGAAGAAAUUGCGUCAAAGUUUGAUUUUAAAUAUAUGCAAGGACCGUAAUCUGGAAGAACUGAAAGACACAGGUCGGUACAAUGAAGCUGAUGACAAAAGUUUGGACAUUGUAGACGUCAAGAAUUUAAAUAUAUGCAAGGACCGUAAUCUGGAAGAACUGAAAGACACGGGCUGGUACAAUGAAGCUGAUGACAAAAGUUUGAACAUUGUAGACGUCAAGACUGCGGAAAGCUUCGAAUUUGUGUCUGUUGACGAAGAUUCCAUGGAAUUCAAAGAAGAGAGACCAUCUACACCGCCGAGUUUUGAAGAUAAUCCAUGCUUCCGACGUCCUGUUAAGACUUACAUUUUCCUCGUUAUGUUGGUGACAUUACAAUGUCGCAUCUUGAUACACCUGUAAAAGCUGACAUAGCCUUGCAAGUGGCAAAACGAACCAUCGCAAAGCAACGAAGAAAGAUUAAAACUUUACAG